UUAAAAGGUUACUGAAUAAAGUAACUAUAAAGUAAGGUAAUAAAAAUGGAAAAACAUGUUGGGGCUUCCUCUUUUUUUGUAUAUUUUACAAAUAAAUAACUUAUUUAAAGUAAUAUUAAGCAGCAUUGUAAUGUCAUUCUUUCUCAAGAUGGAGGUAACACUACACAUUCAUACUGUUGCAGUAUCUGGUGUCUGACAAUGUAUCUAACAAUGUACAAUAUACUUUGCGCCAAUCUUGUGCAUAAAAAUGAUUCAUACUCACUAUAAAGGCCUAUUAUUUGUCUGGAAGAAUGAUGUAUUUAAUUUAUAUUUUAUGUAUUUAGAUAUCCCUAAAAAUGUUGUCCUUACAAUGGAAACGUAAGCAAAAAUAAUAAUUUCUCUCUUUGAAUGUGGACAAAAAAAUACAACCCGGGUCGAGUUGCUAUCAGAACCACCAUGCAAUGUUGUUUUAAAGUUGCAAUGCAACUGCCUGCUCCAUUCUUACAAAAUAGGAGGAACUGUGGUUGUAAAAUGUUGCAAAAGCCAAUAGGACGCGAGGGGCGGAGAGAUGCAAGUGGACUAGUAAAACAAGUACUAAAAGGAAAAUCUAAACUGGUCAAAGUUUUCCCGGUUGUGGCAGAGCACGCAGAAGGGAAAAGUUCAAGACAAGACAUUUGGGAUAUUACGUAAUUUCGCGGGUGAACCGGGAGCUCCGGCGGAGCCGUGCGCAUUUACGCACUCGGAGAGUUCCUCGGGAGUCGAGCCACCGAGCAACGUUUUACCCGCCAGCAAUGACAGACGAGAGCAUGUCCUUCACAGACCAUCCGUGCAGUCCAUCGGGCAGCGACAGCUCCGUGUCCCAGCGUGGGGCCGACCUGGCGUCCCCGACCUCUCCAGCGGGGUCCGUCGCGCGGGAGGCAGCGCGCCACCUCGGGGUCGCGCCCAAAACGGAGGGCAGCGUGGAGUCCGAGCGCUUCCCCGCGUGUAUCCGCGACGCGGUGUCCCAUGUGCUGAAGGGCUACGACUGGUCUCUGGUGCCGGUGCACUCUCAAGGGGAGAGAGGGCUGAAGAGCAAACCUCGGGUGAAACGGCCCAUGAACGCGUUCAUGGUGUGGGCGCAAGCGGCGCGGAGGAAGCUGGCGGACCAGUAUCCUCACCUGCACAACGCCGAGCUCAGCAAGACGCUGGGCAAACUGUGGCGACUCCUCUCUGAAACCGAGAAGCGUCCCUUCGUUGAGGAGGCAGAGAGGUUGAGGAUGCAGCACAAGAAAGACUAUCCGGACUACAAGUACCAGCCGCGGAGACGCAAGGCCACCAAGCCCACGGCCCCUAGAACCGACCUGCAGGGGGACUGUAGACCCGGAGCGGCCCAGCAGCAGCAGCAGCAGCAGCUGCAGCAGGGCUUGUAUAAGACAGAACCAGGAGGGGGCAGGCUGGCCAACAUGGGGGAAGUGCACCAUCAUUACCACCCAGACAGGACAGGUCAGUCUCACGGACCUCCGACGCCUCCCACGACCCCUAAAACCGACCCCCACGCGGGGAGCAAACACGGGGACAGCAGCGCCGGCUCCGCCCCCCCCGUUGGGCGCCACAACAUUGACUUCAGCAACGUGGACAUCUCCGAGCUCAGCACCGACGUCAUCGCCGCCAUCGGCGGAUUCGACGUCCACGAGUUCGACCAGUACCUCCCCCCCAACAGCCACGGCCCGGCCCUUUUGACCCCGCCAGACGGCAACCCCCACGGCUCCCUCCCGCUGCCGCCCGCCAUCCACUCUCACUGCCCCGGCGCCCCCGCUUGGACGGCCAAGGGCGCGGGUCCCACUGGGACGCCGGCGUCCUCGUCCGGUCGUGACAAACUUCAGAUUAAAACCGAGCAGAUGAGCCCGGGUCACUGCAGCAGCUCCUCCUCCUCCUCCUCCUCCUCCACUUCGCCGCCGCCGCCGCCCAAGUACUUGUCCCUCGGCUCCUCCACCUCCCCCCCCCCGUCCUCCGCCGGCCAGGCCGACUACAGCGACCUCCAGAGCUCCGCUAUGUACGGCGCCUUCUCCGGGUACCCUGGCAGCCUGUACCAGUACCCGUACUUCCACUCAUCUCGCAGGCCUUACUCCACACCUCUUAUCAACAGCCUGACCUUGGCGCCACCUCCACACAGCCCUCCCCCCGGCUGGGAGCAGCAGCCCACCUACACGCCACUGAGCCGGCCUUGAAGAAGAGGAAACUACAGCACCCCCCCCAAAGAACCCAAAAGGAAAAAAUCCAUUAGUGACUUCUCAAGCAGUAGCCAGCUUUAAUGACUUUUGAGAGAUUCUAACGACUUAGAAUAGUUCAUUCCGGAGGUUUUGAAUGUGGAUUUCUGAAGGAAUCCGCUGAUAUCUGUUGGCCCAGAGUCUCACAUUCUCCGUCGAUAGAAGUAGUUACAUUUGAUCAUUUCCAUGGAAAGAAAAGGAUGAGAUUAUGAAAGGUUUCUCUUUUUUUGUGAGUGAAAAGGACACACGGUCUACGGGACGUGAAGCUCAAACCUGCACUGGACAUGAAAAGAUUCCACUCGAACUCCCCACUAAUGAGAUUUCGCUAUGUGAGCAGCACCUAUUCAAGACGGGCCGUUUCACGUCAAAUAACAUUUUCUUUUCCACGGAAAAAACACAGUAUUUCUUUACCUUCACCUUCACAUUGAUGGGGUUCAGACUCAAAAGUGUUACUUUCAGUCUACUGAAUCCAAAGGAGUUUCUUGUUUUUUUUUCCCUUUUUCGGGGGGCAGAAUUAUAUGAAGGGUCUGCAUUGUUCUGUGAGGAUUUCCAAACCGCAUCCAAGCCGAGAGAUGGUUUCUCCUUCUAAAUAAUCUGAUUAAAGAAAGUGAUUGUAACGGUUUUAAACUCUGCAAAACACUGUAUAUAUGCUUUUUGUGCCAAGAUUUCAAUGGAAAGAUUGAUAGCACUGGCAUGUCUGCUCACUGAAUACAAAGGUUUGAGCUGCCAUUGACAGGUUGAAUCCUACAAGGACCCCUUUACUUUGUGUUCACGUUGUCAUUUGAUACAUUCAAUUACAUAAAUGAGGUUAUAGCCGCUUUAAGAUCACAUAUCAAUCCAUUCACCAAAAAAAAAAUGUGGGGUGUUAUUUCUGGGGGCCGGAUUUAUCAAUUUGGGCUUUCUAAAUCCUCUUUGGAGUUUAAAUAGUACAAUCCCUCAAACCUUAUCUAAUAGGUAUCAUAUGAUCAAUAAUGUACCACUUCUGUAACUACGGGACCACCAUGUCCCGUACUGGGACCACGU